AUGGUUAUAUAUCAGUCUCCUCACGACACAGGGUCAGCUCUUAUCAGCGGAGUUGCUGCUCUAACCGUUGCCGACCCCAAUGCACAACCUGCGAAUCAGACGACAUCGUCUCCCUCGUUCGUUGACCCUCUCCCACCCUAUCUCUGCACGCGAGUCGCCCAGCUUCAAGACCUCCAACGCCAACAGGAUAUCAUCCACACGAAGCUGCAGCGAGAGGUCCAGGCGCUGCGGAAGCAAUACUGGCUUCAGUACAAUCCCCUUUACCAACAACGGUUUGAGAUCAUCACAGGUCACACAGGCCCUAGCCAAGGCCAUGAGCCUCUGGGCAUUCCAGAUUUCUGGCUGACGGCCAUGAAGAAUCACCCCGAUAUUGGGCUAAGGAUCAAUGGGGACGGCGAUGAGAGGGCGUUAAAGUAUUUGACGAACAUUCAAGUGGAGCACCUAGAGGAUUUUGAUUUUGCCUUAGUCUUCCAUUUUGCGCAGAAUGAGUUCUUUUCAAAUUCGGCGCUGCGGGCAACGUUCUUCUAUCAGAAGGAGUUUACGGGGAACCGGCCUGAUCCGCUAGAGGCGAAGGGGGACCAUAUAGAUUGGAAGCCCGGAAAACAGCUCACUGCGCAUCGUGGAGGAAAUAAGGAUGCGGACGAAGAAGAUGCUUCGGGCUCCUUCUUUGACUUUCUCUCUCCUACUGCCGUCCCGGCAGAAGGGGGCGAGGAAGAAAUAAGGGAAUGUGAAUUCCUGCUAUGGAUUGACUUUGAAUUGGCAGAGCAGUUCCAGAAAGAGCUUGUCCCCAGAGCUGUGGAAUGGUAUACUGGGGAAGCUAGAAGUGAAGACGAAGAUUGGGAUGAGGAUGAAAAUGACGAGGAGGAUGAGGAUAGAGAAGGGGAUGAAGACAGCGAAGACGACAGUGAAGAUGAGGAAGACGCAGAGAAUAGUGAUGAUUCCAGUCGCCAGCCUCGACAACGCCGGCAGCUGCAGAUGCCACAGCGGCGGAGGUGA